CACACAACACUUCCUGUUGCUCUGGCCGCACCGCCGCUGCUGCUCGUCGCCUCGGGCUCGGCUCUUCGGCUCUUCGGCGCUGUGUUCUUCUGCUCCUCGGCCGUCCUGCGAGGCUCCGGCCUGGCGUGCGAGCGGCCCCAGUCACACUGAGAGCCGCCAGAGAAAUGUAUCACCCGUGUACGGAGGAGGCGAGAGACCGCAGUAUUAAAAACACAGACAAACCAUCAUGAUUCCCAUCACCGAGCUCCGGUACUUUGCCGAGACCCAGUCCACAUACCGCAUCCUGAAGCCAUGGUGGGACGUUUUCACCGACUACAUCUCCAUCAUCAUGCUGAUGAUCGCCGUGUUCGGCGGCACGCUGCAGGUCACGCAGGACAAGAUGAUCUGCCUGCCCUGCAAGUGGAUCCUCAACGACAGCUGCGAGGCCAUGCCGAACGCGACGGGCCCCCACCCGCCGGAGCCCAAAGGCAUCCAGUACGACCUGGACCGGCACCAGUACAACUACGUGGACGCCGUCUGCUACGAGAACAAGCUGCACUGGUUUGCUAAGUACUUCCCGUACCUGGUGCUGCUCCACACCCUCAUCUUCCUGGCCUGCAGCAACUUCUGGUUCAAGUUCCCCCGCACCAGCUCCAAGCUGGAGCACUUCGUCUCCAUCCUCCUCAAGUGCUUCGACUCGCCGUGGACGACCAGAGCCCUGUCGGAGACGGUGGUGGAGGAGAGCGACCCCAAGCCGGUGGGGAAGAUGAACGGCUCCAUGGACAAGAAGGCGUCGAGCGUGAGCGAGGACGUGGAGGCCAGCGUGCCCAUGCUGCAGCGCACAAAGUCCCGCAUCGAACAGGGGAUCGUGGACCGCUCCGAAACCGGGGUUCUGGACAAGAAGGAAGGGGAGCAGGCCAAGGCGCUUUUCGAGAAGGUGAAGAAGUUCAGGAUCCACGUGGAGGAGGGCGAUAUAGUCUACCGCCUUUACAUUCGUCAGACCAUCAUCAAAGUGAUCAAGUUCAUACUCAUAAUAAGCUACACGGCGUAUUACGUGGGACACAUCCGGUUCAACGUGGUGUGCUCGGUGAACAUCGAGAAGCUGACGGGGUACCGCGUGUUUCAGUGCGCGCACCCGCUGGCCACCCUGUUCAAGAUCCUGGCCUGUUUCUACAUCAGCCUGGUGGUGGUGUACGGCCUCAUCUGCAUGUACACCCUCUGCUGGAUGGUGAGGCGCUCCCUCAAGCGCUACUCCUUCGAGUCGAUCCGCGAGGAGAGCAGCUACAGCGACAUCCCCGACCUGAAGAACGACUUCGCCUUCAUGCUGCACAUGAUAGACCAGUACGACCCGCUGUACUCCAAGCGCUUCGCCGUGUUCCUGUCGGAGGUCAGCGAGAACAAGCUGCGGCAGCUGAACCUCAACAACGAGUGGACGCUGGAGAAGCUGAGGCAGCGCAUCACCAAGAACUCCCAGGAGAAGCUGGAGCUGCACCUCUUCAUGCUCAGCGGCAUUCCCGACACGGUGUUCGACCUGGUGGAGCUGGAGGUGCUGAAGCUGGAGCUGAUCCCCGACGUGACCAUACCGCCCAUCAUCGCCCAGCUCACCAGCCUGCGGGAGAUGUGGCUCUACCACACGCCGGCCAAGAUCGAAGCGCCGGCCCUGGCCUUCUUAAGGGAGAACCUGAAGUCCCUCCACAUCAAGUUCACCGAUAUCAAGGAGAUCCCGCUGUGGAUCUACAGCCUGAAGAACCUCAGUGAGCUGCACCUGACCGGAAACCUGAGCGCCGAGAACAACCGCUUCAUCGUCAUCGACGGGCUCCGAGAGCUCAAAAGCCUGAAGGUGCUGCGCUUGAAAAGCAACCUGACCAAGCUGCCUCAGGUGGUGACCGACGUGGGCGUGCACCUCCAGAAGCUCUCCAUCAACAACGAGGGCACCAAGCUGAUGGUGCUCAACAGCCUGAAGAAGAUGGUCAACCUGACGGAGCUGGAGCUCGUCCGCUGCGACCUGGAGCGCAUCCCGCACUCCAUCUUCAGCCUGCACAACCUGCAGGAGAUCGACCUGAAGGACAACAACCUGAAGACCAUCGAGGAGAUCAUCAGCUUCCAGCACCUGCACCGCCUCGUGUGCCUGAAGCUCUGGUACAACCAGAUCGCCUACAUCCCCAUCCAGAUCGGAACGCUCACCAACCUGGAGAGGCUUUAUCUGAACAGGAACAAGAUCGAGAAGAUCCCCAGCCAGCUGUUCUUCUGCCGCAAGCUGCGCUUCCUGGACCUGAGCCACAACAAUCUGACGAGCAUCCACCCAGACGUCGGCUUCCUCCAGAACCUGCAGUAUUUCGCUGUGACGGCAAACAGGAUCGAGACGCUGCCCCCCGAGCUGUUUCAGUGCAAGAAGCUGCGCACGCUGAACCUGGGCAACAACUGCCUGCAGACGCUGCCGUCGCGCUUCGGGGAGCUCACGGGGCUGACCCAGCUGGAGCUGAGGGGCAACCGUCUGGAGUGCCUCCCCGUGGAGCUGGGCGAGUGCCGGCUGCUGAAGAAGAGCGGCCUGGUGGUGGAGGAAGACCUCUUCAACACGCUGCCCACGGAGGUGAAGGAGCACCUGUGGCGGGCCGACAAGGAGCAAGUCUGAGCCCAAACAGAACCGCUGACAUGGGAGUAAAAGGCAGACGUAACAGGGGCUGGGACAGCCGUACAGGGAGAAGACGCUGACUGCUUGUCUGCGGCGGGAGCAGACGGGACGGUAAAAGUUAAGAAUGUGGAGGAUCUACACGUGUGAUUGAGUCGGAGGCAUUUACCUGAUGUCGUUGCAGAGACGCUGGGAGCUGCUGUUAAAUAUGCAUGCCACAGUAGGAUCGCUCUGAAGCAAACCCCCCCCCCCUGUUGGGCUCGGACAACUUUGCACGACCCGGCUCUGCCAGGGAGCUGAACCUCUUUGAUAAUUUUAACCGAGCGCGGGGCACAUUGUUACACAACACGCUGAAAGCUGAGCUUGCCCAACCCUCCUUUAGACUCCAUAUCAUGGGGGAAUUUUAUUUUUGCCGUCGUAGCACAACGUGGCUCCAGCUGUGUCUGCGGAUGUUAUCAGGCCAAUUCAAACCAAAUCAUUUUUUUUUUUUUUAGGCAUGAAGUUUGUGCGGUUUGCUUCCUUUAUCGCCUUCAGGCUCGUUCUUCUCAGAGCGCUUCCUGGCAUCUUUUUUUAUGGGCACAAAAUGACGCCGACCACACAAACAAAUCAUCACAGAUAAUCUCGCAGCUUCGGGCCUUUACUCUGAGAGAACUACUGGAAAAUAUUGCAAACGAAUCCCUGGAAACUAACCCUACGUCUAACAAUCCCCCGAGGUUACAGAUUCCGGCCGUGGCUCACAGCGAGCUGUAACCUGCGCAGGAAGCCGCGGCGCCGGCUCCACCCUACGUCCUCACCGAACGAUAAACAUUUAGUUGAUUUUUUGACAUCAGCGGGAGGCAAAGUGUUGUUUUGAUUUAACAUGAGAUAGCAUCAGACGGUGGAUUCAGAGACACAGUUUCAGCAAAUAAGGCCGGCCGCUGGCUGAACGUUUCCUGUGAACUCCUGGAACAUAGUCGGAUAACUUAAGUGACCUUUGUUCAUUUUUUAGCAUGUUUCAUUUCAAAGACUAACAUUUAACCAUGCACCUUAGUCACCUGUUUGCAUCGACCAAGUCCGUCCAACGCUUCCGUUGAUUUUUUUCAGAUCGAAACGCACAACGCCGUGAAAAAGUAUUGAAGCCCCUUUAAGAUCUCCUCUGUUUUUGCUUCUUUUUUUUUUUUCACGCACUCAAAUGUUUGAGGUCAUCAGCCAAAUCUCAGCACUAGACGAAACAGAACCAAGUAAAGGCGAAUGGCUGUUUUCAGAUGGUGAUUUAUUCAUUUACCUGAGGGAUAAAUGCUGUCCAAAGCGACGUGUCUCUAUGUAAAAAAAAAAAAAACAGAAUCUGACUGUAAUCAAGCACAUUUUUAUUUCAGGUUCGCUCGCCAAGCACAGGCUAAAUUACUGCCUGCCUCAUAAAAUAAUAAAAAAUCAUCCGAACAGAACCCGAAGUGGGCUAAAACAUCUCAAAAAGCAACACAUGACUCCCUGUUAGAAAGGAAUUCAAAAAGAAAUAAGAAACGCGGUCGUUGACGUCUAUCUGAAAAGGGUUACAAAGCGUUUUCUAAGACUCAGAACCUUAGACGGAUCGACCGGCUUACCAAAAUUACUCCAAGAGGGCGUUGAGAACUCAUCCAGAAGGUUACAAAAGUACAAAUCUCCAGCACUCUGGUGUUAGUCAUUGUUCAACAAGACCACAGUUUGGAUUUAGUCUCCCCUUAAGAAAUAAAGCCAUCACAUGAAAACUGCUUUUUGUACUAACUUAGUUUAUCUUUGUCUAAAUGAACAAAUAUGUCUAAUGACCUGAAACAUUUAAUGUGACAAAAAAAAAACAACACAAAAACAAGAGAAUUCCCUGAGGGGCGGGUACAAAUCAUUUUCCUGCAAAUCAAUGCAAACCACCAAAGCAAGUUGAUGACAUUUUGAAUGGAGAUCUUGGAAAGCCGUUUAUGGAGGAACCUACGAUGGUAAAAAAAAGCGUCUGAAGGAGAGAGGAGUCGUCCGCUGCUGUCUCCAUGCAGACUUUUACUGUACAGUCAUCAGGCUCGGGUUGCUCCACGGAAGAAAGCCGACAUUUGUCACUAAUGUGUUUAUUCAAGCAGCCGAGAACAAACAGGAAAUUGCAAAAGCCAAAAGGAACCGGCUUUGACCGGAUUCCACAAGGGAAGCUUUUCUUUUUUUUUUCCUGUUGACUAUGAUUGUAGCGUUUGCUAUAUCUAUGCUCUGUCUGCUUGGGACGCGUUUCCUGCUUGGACCUGGGAAUCAACAGCAUCAUGUGGACCAAAUAUCUUACGUUUACUCCUGCCAAAUUUCUCUCAUUGCUAAUGCAGCCUUAUCUCUUUGGUUUUUUUUUUUACUGGCUGAUAUCCUGCUGAUUGUCGCAAACAUCAUCAAGGGCUUUUUUUUUCUUUUCCUGUGCUGUAAAAUAUAGAGCUCCAUUAUGUAAAGCUCUCACUCUAUACUUUACAGCUGUAUCCUUUUUGAUUUGAGCUUUUUAAAGGUACAGGAUGAAAUGGCCAUGAGACUUUCCCAGUAUGAUACCCUCGAGUAAAACCAAAUUACCUAAUUUAUUUUAUUUGAAGCAGAAAAGUACGAUAUACGAUACGGUAUAGCAAAUGAAUGUGAUAUUUAUCUGCAGUAUACGUUAGUUUUUAUUUUAUUUAAUAUGGACUAAAGCAAAAAUAGAGAAUAAACACCCACUAAAUUAAGCGUUACAACCUGAUAUGAGCGAGUUGAUUAGUCGGGUUAUUUAACCGGUUAGCUAGCCUGCAGCCGGCCGCUUUACAAGCACGCCCCUCGCAGCUCUGCAGCUGCAGUUUUAAAACAGUGUGACCUAAUUAAGAGGCACUGGGGGAGCUCCUUUGGUUUCCACACCAUGCCUGAGCCUGCUUUUUUGUUGUUGUUUUUUUACGUCAAAACAGUUUCAAGCUGUAACUUUUUAAAACUUUGGUACCUGCGCCCCAUGCUGAGCGUGAGAAAGUUAUAGAUAUAGAGAUUUCUGAACAUUGCUAGCAUGUUUUCUGCAGAAACUGCAUUAUUUAUAUCGUAUUACAGCAAAGAAGCAGAGUGCAGGAGCUUAGAAGUUGACAGAGAAAUCCUCUGGUGACGAUUCUUCACUUGUCCAGCCAGUCAGAAACUAGAAAUACGCGAAACUACCACACCUAAGCACAACGAGUAACACCGGUGACAACUCUCUUCAGUGUGGAAGUUGUUACAGUAGGAAAUACUUUCAAAGCUUUAGAAAUGAGCCUCAAAACUCUCCUCAGUGCACCUCUACGAGAAAUGGCGAUGAAAAGCUUUUAGUUUCCUGUUUCUUUAUACCAACAUGUAAAUAAGUAAAGAAACGUCAGUGAUCAGCGACUUUAGAUGUCCCAGACUUUUCCUGUGAUUUCUUUUUCCUUCUUUAAACGGGAGGCAGAGGAUUGCUAGCGUUAAGCCGAUCACGAAGGACUUUGAGCGUUCCGUCAAAAGACAUUUGGUUUUCCGACGCUCUGCUGUUUUUAGAGAUUUAGAGAAAGUUUUCCUGUAACGGUUUAUCGGCUGAGUGUUUCAUCGACGCCCCGACAAAACAACGUCGCCCUGACAAGGAUCCCAAGUGCAACGCUUGUAUAUCUGUCUUUAAACGUAGAAAAAAGAUGAGCCGGUCGGUGUUUAGUCUGUCGAGCGGUCUCCAGUUUUAAAAUAUGAGGCGAUGGAGAAGAAACCCACGACACCAAGAGAAGAAGUUGCGUCGGCCUUAGCGGCAGAUGUCUGCUAAUAACCGUGCUGUGGAUAGACUUUGAAAUGUGUUUAAUCCUGUGCCUUACAGAAGUAUUUUGAGCUCUUGUUACAUUUUGUCAUCUCACAACUUGAAACCUCAAAGGGUUUCAUUAACAAUUGUUUGAGCUAGACCAACAGAAAGUCGUGCGUAACGGAACUGGAAGGAAAAAA